GACAUACUCCCUCAGACUCACAUGUUGAGAGUGAGGAGAUAUAAAUGUGUAAAUGAAACGCACUGAGCGAGUCAAUUCAGCUCGGACACUCAUCUUCCUCUCACAGCCCAUCCUCAUCCUCCUCCUUCACCUGUGGCCUUCAGGCUAGCACCACCAUGUCUCUGUCCGGUGCCCAGGGCAGCGUUGGCGGCCACUCCACCAGCAUCGCUGUGCGCACGUACAAGAUCUGCCUGUUUGAGAGGGAGAACUUCCAGGGCGCUCGUCUGGAGCUGAAGGGGGAGUGCAGGAGCCUCGGUGAGAGGGGACUGGACCGGGUCGGGUCCCUCAGCGUGUCGGCCGGACCGUGGGUGGGGUUCGAGCGGCAGAACAUGGCGGGCGAGGUGUUCCUGCUGGAGAAGGGGGAGUACCCGCACUGGGACUCCUGGCGCAACGGCUACCGCCGUGACCAUGGCGACCACCUGCUGUCCGUCAGGCCGGUACGCAUGGACAGCCUGGAGCCUAAGAUCUGCCUGUUUGAGGAGAUGAACUUUCAGGGGCGUAAGAUGGAGGUCUGUGAUGAGGACAUUCCCAGCCUGUGGUCCUACGGCUUCCAGGACCACGUCAGCAGCGUGCAGGUCACCGGUGGCACGUGGGUGGGGUACCAGUAUCCAGGUUACCGGGGGAGUCAGUACCUGUUGGAAUGCGGCACCUAUAAGCACUGGAACGAGUGGGGCGCGGCGCGCCCCCAAAUUCAGUCCCUGCGUCGCGUCAAAGACCUGCUCACCCAUCUGCACGACGGGUUCAAGAUGGCCGCCGUGUAGGGCGGGGCGGGGCGGGGCAGGGCGUGGCACUCUACCGGCGCUGUGCCUGCCCUGCUGUCCAAACUCCUGCCUUCUCAUCCGUGCAGUUACUCAGUUACUCAUUAAUAAAUUAGCUUAAGUAAUUAGUUUGAUUAACUUCAUCUGCUUCAGAUUCCACUGCCAUGCCUGCUUGUGAACAGCUACUCUUUGAAUACUGAUGAUGAUUAUGAUGAUAUGCUUUUGCUUCCAAUGUCCUCUGGUCUUAAAUAUGAAAGAUUUAUAGAAUUAUAUUCUACAUAACCUUCCAUCUGUAUAUUCAUGCAACCUGAUGUUUCGGAAGCGUCCGACAUCUGGCUGUCAAAUCAGCUGCUGUAUCCGCCAGGCCUUUGGAGAGCAUUGAAAGAUGGCCCUAAAAAUAAUCCCCCCAACCUUUCUUGUUCAUCAUAAAGUUGGGAAAACCUCCUGCUCGCGCUCGACUCACCCCAGCAUUCGGCUCCCCCUUGAAGUUCUCCCAGACGGAGAGUGAGGAGAUGUUUUCGGACAGGGAAUAACGGUGCUUUCUCCCCCCCUGCUGUUACUGAGAAGGACAACGGGCAGCUUUGGUUUUUGGACAUGCCCUGUUCGUCUCUGUGAUUGAACGAUCUGAAAGAGCUGCUUUGUGCAGUAGAUUUCUCACGGAUAUUACCAUCUGGAAGACAGGACAGGAAGCGUAUCAUGCAUUCAAAAGCAUUUAAUUCUUUCAUAUUCACCACUUGAAAUGAAGAUGAAAAUGCUCUUUGAAAUCUUUGAAACUGCCGUGGUGAGGAACUUGUUGAAACGCGCUCGCAUGAUGUUGCUGUCGUCUAAUUUUUUCUGCAUUCUUUAGGCUGGAUUCUCAGUGUGUGUGUGUGUGUGUGUGUGUGUGCGUGCGUGCGUGUGCGCGCGCGUGCGUGUCCGACCUGGGUCAAAUAUAGAAUGCUUUUAACCCCUUAGGCAAUAAUAUUAAAAGUCUUUCAAAUAU